GAGGGUGGAGGGCAGGGGCUUGUUUAUACGGGACAUUUACGAGGCUUCCAUUCGUUCUUUUGCUCAGUUUUAAUUGGACUCUGAGUGUCAGUUGAGUGUGAACUCUUGCCCCUUCGAGUUUUACUUUUAUCUGGUGAGGGUAGAUACGGGUUCUGGGGCGGCAACAACGAGGUUAUAUAUUUUGCUGUGACAUAAGGUCAUCAGUCUCUCGUGUGCGUUUUCGAACUGCUUGUGACUCGUCAUCAUCGCAAUUGUGUGACAACCUUGGGAUUUGGCGUGAGGACAUUAUUUUCAUUACAGAGAGUGUGAAAACAGCGCAUUGAUAAUCAUUUAAAUAGUGAAACAUUCAUUAUAGUUAUACGUGCAAGUACUGAUUAUUAAGAAAGAGGCGUUUUAGCUGUACGCGCAAGUGGACUUGAAUUUGCUAGAUUACUUGCUUAUGUAAUGUGUACGGAGUGACUUGAGGUGUACCUACUUGGCCGUUUUUCGUGCGUCGUCACAAACCUGAAAGGAAACAUGAGCAGUACAAUGGAGAGGAUGAUGAUCGCGAUGGUGAUGAUCUACGCGCUGUGGGCCAGCUACGAGAUCACCAGCGUCAAGAGCUUCGGCAUUCAUGUGGACUGUGAUGCUUUGCAGAAUAAAGAGGAGAAGGAAAAACUGGAAUGUCAUGCUCAACAGUUCAUCAAAUUCGCGAGGAAGGGCAAAAUCGACGACGUAGAGAAGAAACUUGAGAAAUUCAUUAACAAAAACUUCCUGCUGAGUUACACGGAAAAACUUGGAAUCCACAAAGGCUUUACUGGAUUACUUUGGGCAGCCCGCAACAACGACACUGCGAUGGUGAACUUGCUGGUUGAACAGGGCUCGGUGGUCUAUCACUCCACUGGUUCUGGUUAUACACCAUUAUAUUACAUGGCAGAAUAUGGCAAUACGGAGACGGUUAACAUGCUCCUUAGAAAUGGAGCUAAGGUGAACACCGCACUUUUGAAUGGUUAUACCCCAGUUCUCAUAGCAGCAGAGAGAGGAUACACUGCUAUAGUACAAUCUCUUCUUGAGAAUAAUGCCAAUCCUAAUGUCAAGUCGAAAAAAGGUGCCACCCCUAUCCUCGUAGCAGCACAGAAUGGAAACACUGAAAUUGUAAGACUCCUUUUAGAGAGAGGCGCCGAUCCUAAUGCCAAAUCCGAAGUAAGAGGUAGGCCUCGUACACACUAUCGUUUUUUCCCGCUGUACUUUGCCGCCAAGUGGGGUCAUUUGGAUAUGGUCAAUCUCCUCCUGGAAGCAAAGGCAGACGUCACCUACCGAACUUUAUACGGUAUGACCUUAGGAGAAACUGCGCUGAUAACUGCAACAGCCUGGAAUCGGGGACCCACCGUAGCUAGGUUGCUGGAUGCUUCCGCCGAUCCUAACGUCGCCGAUAAACUAAAAACUGGUGCACUUCAUCGAGCAGCCUAUUACGGGUAUACAGAUAUUCUUCAGAUACUGAUCGAGAAAGGGGCAGUAGUUGAUGCCCAGAACUUUGAGGGACGAACGCCUCUGCACUUUUGCGCCAAGGGAGCAAAAACCUUGACUCUUAAAGAACUCUUGAAGUCUUGCCCUGACGACGGGAUCAGAGAUAUUAGAGGUAAAACUGCCCUGGAUUUAGCGGUGUCUGAGAAGGAGAGAUUGAUGAUGAAAACAAAAAAAACUAGAAGGACACACACCAUGAUACUGGGCUUCGAGACGUUCAUUCCCAUGUUAAAAGGAUACACCAACAAGGCUUGCAGCUAAACUUGCAAAAUAUGAUGCAGUGGUAGACACACCAAAGAGAGAGAGAGAGAGAGAGAGAGAGAAGCACAAAAGUAGCUAUUCAAGUGCUUAGUUGAAUAAAUGCAGGAACUGUUGCAGGUGCCAAGUUUAUUCAGAGUAAAAUUUUACUUAACCCCUAAAGCAUGGGACCUAAAGAUGGUGGAGCCUGAGAGGCAAUGUGCAAAGAAAAGGUCGCCUGGGCUGGUUUGAGUUGAAAUCCCAAGAACCUGAAGAACUGAUAUGUAAGCUCAUGCCAAGACUGUUUGUCUUAUGAAGUGCACCUGAGAAUGACACAACUUUGGCAAUACUGUGCCACUUGUUUUGGUUUGUUUCAGGUGUCUAGUUCAUGGACAGAAUUUUCCCUUUUGUUUUGUUCACUUCACUUCACUCACCCUUUCCCUUUCUGCUCAUUUCCUAAGUUUGGAGCAGCUAAAGGGAGUCUCACUUGGGUGUUGCACACUGAUAUGGCUUAAUUUUGUAACUCCUGAUGCAGAGAGAGAGAAAAAAAGUAGCUUUGAAAUAAAAAAGAAAUAAGAUCAGUGAGAGAGAGAGAGAGAGAGCUUUACAAUAAAAGAAGAAGAAUACAAAAGAAAGGAAACGGGUGAAUAGUUAGACAUCAAUUUUUAACAGUCACGCCAUUCAAUGACAUACGUCCACUUUCAGAUGUCGAAAGUGCAUGAGUUUUCUGUUUCGAAAGUUCCAAGAAUGAGCAAAAAAGUUAUUGCUCUGUUAAUGAGAGAGAGAGAGAGAGAGAGAGAAAGCAUUAUUGAAAGGCAACAGAUAUCCAAACAUAGCAUCCAUGCUAUUGAUGUAGUUUUCAAGAAUGCCUCAGGGGUGAGGUACCUUAGCACUGGUCAUAAAUAACAUACAUAGACAAAAUAUAUUACUUUUUUCAAUCAAAAUAAAAGAUUUUUUCACGUAGAAUGAACGACUUACUGUUACCUAUAUGCAUAUCUCACCUAUAAUGCUUACCAUUUUGUUCAUUGAAGUUCAAAACAUAAGGUAAAUCUGCAGAAAAAAUUUCCUAAAAAUCGAAUUUUGCUUAAAUAAUUUCGCUUAUCUUGAAACUAGUCUGAAAACUGAAUGCUUUCUUCUUUUUUAACUGGAAAAGAGUAUGGUGUACUUUUUUUUCUAAAAUUUCGGGGGUCCUAAGCUGAAUUUGGGGACAAGGGUGGGUGAUUUAAGAAAGAAAUGGGAUUUUUAAAAUUAAUUUUGAACACUCGGCAAAACAUAUGUAUUCGACCUAGGCCAGUGUUUUCCCCUCAGAUUUACAAAAAGGGUUGGUACUUAUAGUACGAAAAUUUUUAUGCCAUUAGCUCAUAAAGCCACUGACUAGGAGCAACACAAUAAAAUUAUUAUUUUUGGGCUCAUUUUACAAUUUUAUUUUUUUAAUAUCAUUACAUUGUUGGCACCCGAUUCUAAUGAAACUGGCCGGAUAUGUACCUACUACAUGUACACAACCAUGACUUUCAUUUCGUCAAUCCUAAUUCAAUAUUGCUUUGAAGAGGCGCACUUGUACUAAAAUACAAAAGUCUGCUUUUGGUUGUUAUUUUUUGUGGUUAUUACAAUUGCUUAUGGCAGAUGUCUGUUUUGAAACAACUAAUACCCAAUGCAAGAAAUAGAGUGAAUUAGUUCACUUUAUGUUAUUUAUCAAUUAUAGUUUGUUUAUAACACUAAGAUGUUAAUGGUCGUUAUGUUCACCACAAUGUAUUAAACUGCAUAGUUACGCACUUUUGAUGAAAGGUGUUUUCUUUUAAAAAUCAGUUGUUUACAAGCCAAAUGCUAACUUCACAAAAUGAAAAUUUUAAUUUACAUAAACAAUUGUUUUUUGUUGUUGAAAAUCGUAGAGUGUAAAAGGCCCUGUUUUUCUGACUUGAAUGCUUACCUCAGCAAACAGAUAUAACACUGCUAUUUUAACCAUCAAACAAGGAGGUUACAUAUAAUCUGGGAUCAAUACUAAGACAUUGGUGAUGCCUAAUUUUUCAGUAAGUAUUCCCAUCCAGGGACUGUCUUUUUAAGCGGCCUAGCUUGGAUGUAAGUAAGCAGCUCCUUGUGCAACUAGCAGCAGGUGCUAACUCCUCCCACUGUCUAUACCAGUUGGCACAAAGUUUGCAUAUCAGCUCACAGCCCGGUGCAGUUUUUUCAAUUAUCAUUUCAUUGCCAGAGGGUUAAUGUAUCUGUUCAAAGUGAGAUGUACCUAAUUUAAAGUACUGUAUUUUAAGGUGAAAUGCUAUAUUACUUAGAGAUGUAAAUCUAUUCCUGUGGAAAUUAUAGUAUUUUUAUAAUUCGUCAAACUGUACUUUGUCUUGUAUUUGUAGUAAAGGAACGACUGCCACUUUCAGUUUUCUGUGAAAGAAAAAGGUGUCACAUAGGUUAGAUGAAUAUCAAUAUUAAUAAAGAUGAUA